GUUAUUUGUUACGUCUAUUUCACUCGUGUCGUGGCUUACCUAAUCACCAUCACAGUACCGUAUACCCUGACGUGGGUGGUGGAGCUGUUCAAGGAGUCCAUCACUUUCCUCUUUUUCGUCGCGGUGGGCUACAAAUUUCGACCGGUGGACGACAACCCGUAUCUGCUUGUUUCCAAUGUGGAUGACGACGAAGAUACGGUGAUGGAACGGAUCCAGUUGGAGGAUGUCUGGUCCCAAUCGGGUUACACGGACGGGGUCACACGACUGAGUCGACCACAACCGAAGGGUAGCGCUUCUACAGGUGGUAGACGUAAUCCGGGUUUCGCUGGUCGAGCAGCAGCAGAUGCAUCCGCCGUCGAUCCUGAUGCGCCAUCCGAUGCAGAAGUCUAA